AUGGAAUAUAAUAACCAAACUUCUACAGAUUUCUUCUUAUCGGGGUUGUUUCCACCAUCAAGAACUGGCUUGUUCUUCAUUCUCAUUGUUCUCAUUUUCCUAAUGGCUCUUUUUGGCAACCUGUCCAUGAUCAUCCUCAUCCUUGUGGAUACCCAUCUCCACACACCAAUGUAUUUUCUACUUAGUCAGCUCUCCCUCAUGGACCUGAACUUCAUCUCCACUAUUGUCCCCAAGAUGGCUUUUGAUUAUCUCUUUGGGAAUAAGACUAUUUCUUUCAUUUGGUGUGGGGUUCAGAGCUUCUUCUUCUUGACUUUAGCGGGUGGAGAGGGAUUACUAUUGGCUUCAAUGGCCUAUGAUCGCUAUGUGGCUAUUUGUUUUCCUCUCCACUAUCCCAUUCAUAUGAGUAAAAGAAUAUGUGUUUUGAUGAUAAUAGGAUGUUGGAUAAUGAGCUCAAUCAACUCCUGUGCCCACACUGCAUAUGUCCUCAAUAUAUCUUACUGUCGAUCCAGGACCAUCAACCAUUUCUUCUGUGAUGUUCCUGCCAUGUUGACUCUGGCCUGCAUGGACACCUGGGUCUAUGAGUACACAGUGUUUGUGAGCACCACCCUGUUCCUUGUGUUUCCUUUCAUUGGCAUUGUCUGUUCCUAUGGCCGGAUUCUCUUUGCCAUUUGCCACAUGCGGUCAGCAGAGGGCAGGAAGAAGGCCUAUUCAACCUGCAGCACCCAUCUUACUGUGGUGACUUUCUACUAUGCACCCUUUGCUUACACUUAUUUACGUCCAAGAUCCUUCCGCUCUCCAACAGAGGACAAGGUUUUGGCUGUCUUCUACACCACCCUGACCCCCAUGCUCAACCCCAUCAUCUACAGCCUGAGAAACAAGGAGGUGAUAGGGGCCCUGAGAAGAGUUAUUCAGAGGAUAUGCUCUGUAAAAAUGUAG